UUUGUUCGUGUGUGCGUGUGUAUUUUUUUUUUUUUUGUGUGUGUGUGUGAGUUUGCGUGGUUAUUACGCUAAAAGAGAAAGCUGGUGGUCCGUAUCCCCGAACUGUUAUUCAUAAGAAACUAUCGUCACUCCCCACGCACCUGCAUUCACAUCACCUCAUCCACACAUCAUCAAACUCCCCGCCACAGAUUCAAGUGAAAGUGUGAUCCCGCAACCAACAAACAAAUAACAAAAAUGAGCCCAAAGAGUCCAUAGCACAGUGCCCGCCCUAACGCGUGCCUCUCCCCGGCGCCCAGACCUGGACAGCGGGCGCGGCGGGGCGGAGGUGUGGACGCUGGGGCCCGUGGACCGCGAGCGGCACCGCCAGCUGACGGCCGAGGUGGUGGUGCGCGACGCAGGCGGCCUGGCGGCGUCGCACCCCGUCACCGUCGUCGUGGACGACGUCAACGACAACCCCAUGCGACCCGCCGCCAAGACCGUCUACCUGUGGAAGAUCCAGGGCGGGGGCAGCGACGCGUCCCUGGGUCGUGUGUACGUGGACGACCCCGACGACUGGGACCUUCACGACAAGAGCUUCGCGUGGGCGGGCUCCCCUCACCCCCUCUUUUCCCUCAACACCAGCACGGGCGACAUCUACGCCUCUCCUCUGCUCAGGGAGGGAAGAUACGAGUUGCACUUCUCCGUGAGCGACCGCGUGUGGGGGCAGCAUGACGUGCGAGCUAAUGUCACCGUGGGCGUGCGUUAUCUCACCCACGAAGCCCUCGCCCACGCCGUGCCCAUCACGCUCACGCCCACCACCCCCUCGACGCUCACGGCAGGAUGGACGCCUCAGGUACGUGUUGAUGAUUGAUGUCUAUGAUUCUUUUGGCUCAAGAGAAGUAACAGCUA